GCUGCCGAAAACAAUCCUGAGCUACAGUACAUCCAAGUAGCAUAGUAGCAGCCAUAACACAAGAAAGGGCUAAUAAUAAUACACAGAGCCGUUACGUAACGAAAGAGCCCUUUUCAUUCCCAUGCACCUCUCAUCAUACACUUAUCUUCGAUUAUUAAUCCAAUACUAAAAACGAACUACGCCAAUCAGUAUUCAGUCCUACACCACAAUUCAUCAUCAUCUUACAAAGUGACGAUCGAGGGGAGUACGUAGCUGGUUAUGAUCCUUAAAGCGGUAUUAACGGCGUUCUUUCUGGCGACGGUACCAGUUCAAGAUUCUACGGCUGAUUCUAUCAAGGUGAGGAUUCACGUUACCAACAAGUUAAGCAGCAAGAUACUGAUAGUGCAUUGUUGGUCGGGGGACGAUGAUCUUCGUGCCCACGCCGUGGAGAUUGACGAGGAUUUCGAUUGGAGUUUCGAGCCGAAUGGCUUAGGCACGACACUUUUCUGGUGCAAUUUGGCGGUAGAGGGUCGGCGGCUUUCUUUCGUGGCGUAUGAUCAAGGGAGCGACGAAGCUAAAGUCCAUUACUGGGUUGCCUAUGACGACGGGCUCUAUGGGAAGGUGACCAGUACCGACGGGGAAAGUUUUAUGGGUAAAUGGAAGUGAAUUUGGGUACCGUACGACGUACGUAGGCUCAUGAACUUGUUAGGCUAGUGAUUACCGAGUUACGACUUCCUCUCUGCUUUCUCAACUUUUUUUUCCGUAAUUCGUAGCUUUGGUUUACGAAGGUGCAUAGUUACAUGCUAUUGAAGGGAUUGAAAUGUCGAGGGAAAGGAAAUUGAAAUGAUAUGAUUUCUUUUACCUCAGACGUAACGUAAGUCGGGUAAACUCCAUGUAUGGGUCACCGAGUUUACUAAAAAGUGUUAUGUUUA